AUGUGGCUUUUUGUGCUGUCCUUCUGCUGGGAGCACCGCCCAGAGCAGGCCGUGAAGGCUAAGCCGGGGCAGAACAGCACCUGCGUCAUCUGCCUGGACCCCGUGGAGGACAAUAAGUCCUACCACACCAUGGUGUGCCCAGCAUGCCAACGCGCCUGGUUCCACCGGAGCUGCAUCCAGAAACAGGCUAUCCAUGCUGGCGUCCACCUCUGCUGCUUGCAUUGCCGAAACCAAGAUGGGUUUGUGAUGGAAAUGCUCGCCAUGGGGAUUCAAAUCUCCAAGAGGUGGUUCUUCCUCUUCCCGACUCACGAGGCAUCGGGCACAAGCGCGCAGCGCCAGGCCAGGGACGGCCCCAGCAGACAGCCAUCACGGGAGAGUGACCAGGCAUUCGGACCGGUCUAUCAGAGGCACAGACGCUGUAACGCCAGCAAGUGCCUUUGUCCGGGAGGCAGCGAGCAGGCAGAGGAAGAGGGGCCCUGGCAAGUGCUCCUGUGCAGCUCCUGUGCUGCCAAAGGCACCCACCGACGCUGCCUCUACUUGAGCAACAGCGCAACCACCUGGGAGUGCAACUGCUGUGCUGGCCCAGGUGCUGCCUCCCGGGACAACUCCGAGCUUGCCAGCCCCAGCACCACCAGCCAGGCGGCAUCGGGGCUGUCCCACAGCUCCCUGGGCUAUGAGAGCAGCAGGCCCAGCACCAUCAAACAGUGUGUAACAGAGCCUGGAGCAGGCUCUGAUGUGGCUGGUAUAAAAACAAAGGCUGAGAAGAAAGGAGAUGAGUAUGUUAUUAAUGGCCAGAAGACAUGGAUCACAAAUGGUGGGAAAGCAAACUGGUAUUUUUUGCUAGCUCAUACCGAUCCAGAUCCAAAAGCUCCUGCAAGCAAAGCCUUUACUGGAUUAAUUGUGGAAGCAAACAGCCCUGGAAUCCAAAUUGGAAGAAAGGAAAUGAAUAUGGGUCAGCGCUGCUCUGAUACCAGAGGUAUUGUCUUUGAAGAUGUACGAGUUCCAAAAGAAAAUGUAUUAAUAGCUGAGGGAGCUGGCUUUAAAAUCACAAUGGGAGCUUCUGAUAAGACCAGACCACCCGUAGCAGCUGGUGCUGUUGGGUUAGCAAAAAGAGCGCUCCAUGAAGCUACUAAAUAUGCUUUCGAGAGGAAAACCUUUGGGAAACCAAUUGUUGAACACCAAGUGGUGUCUUUCAUGCCUGCUGAAAUGGCAAUGAAAGUGGAACUGGCUAGGAUGGCUUACCAAAGAGCUGCAUGGGAAGUCGAUGCUGGUCGCAGGAGUACCUACUACGCUUCCAUUGCAAACGCAUUCUCAGGUGAUGUUGCAAACCAAGUAGCUACGGAUGCAGUGCAGAUUUUUGGAGGAAAUGGAUUUAAUACUGAAUAUCCUGUAGAAAAACUCAUGAGAGAUGCUAAAAUCUACCAGAUUUAUGAGGGAACUGCUCAGAUUCAAAGGAUGAUCAUAGCUUGUGAACAUGUUGGCAAAUAUAAGGCUUAAAGAAAUGCA